GUGCGCAGAUCCGGCUAAUCGACGUCAUGUCCGUGGGAAACGUCGGCUGCUAGUUCACGGCUGUUCAGCGAGAUAACUAUCUGUUCUUUGUUUUGUAUUUAAUAGUGUAGAUGUGAAGAUGAUUCUCACGGUGAAGCCGCUUCAAGGGAAAGAGUGUAACGUUCAGGUGACAGAAAAUGAGAAGGUAUCUACCGUGAAAGAGUUGGUAUCGGAGCGUUUGAACAUCCCUCCCAGUCAGCAGAGACUGCUGUAUAAAGGAAAAGCACUCGCAGACGAGCACCGGUUGAGCGAUUACUCCAUCGGCCCGGAGGCCAAGCUGAAUCUGGUGGUGCGUCCGGCGGGAGAGAAGAGCGGCGCGGGGGGAACCAGCAGCACUGGUCCUGAGAAAGCAGGCAGCGGCGUGUGGCAGGUACUGUCUACGGUCCUGGCCAAACAUUUCAGCCCUGCCGACGCUGCUAAAGUGCAGGAGCAACUUAUUAAGGAUUAUGAGCGCUCGCUCAGACAGCUGAGUCUAGAUGACAUCGAGCGUCUGGCCAGCCGUCUGCUGCAUCCUGAGACAGAAGGCAUGGAUACCUCAUACAUGGACUAACACACACACACACACACACACUAGACCGAUGAAGGAAGUGAGAUGUUUCAUAUGGACUUGAAGGGGCUACUCUGAUCUGCAAGAGGCCACGAUGCUGGAUGUCGCUUUCCCGACCUGAGGAAACCAGUGGUGCUUUUAGUGCAACUUUGUAAAUACUGUGUGAAAAUUAUUGAGAGACAAUAAAAAGUGUUCUUGAUCA